AUGAAAUCUGAUGUUUAUGCCUUUGGUGUGGUGUUGCUCGAAGUCCUAUGUGGGAGGCCAGCAGUGGAUUUAAGAUAUGAGGAUGAUGAUGAUAGGUCUAGUCUAGCACUAUGGGCUCAGCAGUGUAUCAAAAGGGGAGCUCUCGACAAAAUUGUUGAUCCUUCCUUAAUGGGUCAAAUAUCGUCCAAUAGCCUCGAGUUAUUUGGGGAAAUUGCUAACAAAUGCAUACAUAGUCAUCCCAGAGGAAGGCCUACCAUGGCCGAAGUGGUGGCAAGCCUUGAGCUCGUCUUGGCUUCCGAACAAGAUCACCUCAAUGCAAGGGAAUGCAAAGAUGAGUUGAUCCUAGUGUACGAGUUCACGCCUCACGGCUCCCUCUAUGAUCAUCUCUACACAAGGAAAAAUGAUUCUCUUCCAUGGAAAAAACGGCUUGAGAUUGGCAUAGGUGUGGCACGAGGAUUGCAUUACCUCUACUCUGGUAUAAAGCAAACUAUCAUCCAUCAAAAUCUCAACGCUAGUGCUAUUCUAUUAGAUGAGAAUUGGGAAGCAAAACUUGUGGGCUUUGAAUACUCCACAAUAGUCCCUACCAAUAUCUCUAGAACAAGCCCCAAAAACAUUGUCAGAUGCCAGGUUGGAUAUUUGGAUCCAGAAUGUCUUGAAAGUGGGAUUUUAACUGUAAAGUCAGACGUCUACUCAUUUGGGGUCAUCUUAUUGGAAUUAUUAUGUGGUAGAAAGCCAAUGAUUGUUUCUCAAGAUGAGGAUAAGGUUAAUUUAGUCCGUUGGUUCAAGACUAACUUGGAACUAGAUGUGAUGGAUCAAAUUGUCGAUCCAUGCUUAAUGGACAAAAUAGCACCAGAAUGUUUGAAGGAAUAUGUGAAUAUUGCAACAAAUUGUGUGAGAGAUGAAGGGAUUGAACGGCCAACAAUUGAGGAUGUUCUGGGAAGCCUUGGAAGUGCUUUACAACUACAGCAAAAUUGGGAAUAUUCGAAAAAGUUGUGUGAUGAAAUUGACAAAAACAGAGAUGUUGGAGGAAUGAGUUUUGUGAGCUUAGGAGAUUCCGAUAAUUGCUCUUCUAAUCUUGCUCGUUAG